UCAAAGUGAACAAAACUGUCCACGUCACUUAACCUUCUUUUCACGGGUAUUCGCUUUCUGUAUUUGCAAACGAAAUUCCCAAAACUCGACAUAGACGUCAUAAACUUUAGUCACCGACCAAUAUAACAAUAACGCUUCCGUUAGGGUGGUUAACAGCAGUAAAAGCAGAUAACGUGACGGGAAGGUAUUUCAUUAUCAAUAGCAAAGAGGCGCGGCUGAGGUAGCAAGAUGAGUUAUCCAUAUCAACAGGGCCAAAGACCAGGAGCUCCCUACCCCCCUAGCGGGGGAGCACCGUACCCCCCCAACCCGACUCAUCACCAUAUAAAUCCUAACAGUCUGGGCUACAACAGAGACGCUCCCAUGUUUAUGCCCCAACCUAUGCCCAUGCCUGCUUACCCACCAUCAGCGCCAAACUUCAAUUCAGCGCCCUAUCCUACCACAGGUGGGAGUGGAUACCCUCCUCCCUCUACUGGUGCCUAUCCACCUUCUAGCGGAGCAUAUCCGCCUUCUAGCGGAGGAUACCCUCCUUCAAGCGGAGGAUAUCCGCCUUCUGGAGGUGUGUAUCCACCUUCCAGUGCUGGAUAUCACCCUCCGCCUACCCAAACUGCCUCUGUCGGUGGAUAUCCACCAUUAUCUAAUAUGCCAUACCGACCUCCUUCUGGUGGAUAUCCUCCUCCGCUCUCCCCUCCUGGUGCUCCCCCUGGCGGACAUGGUUAUGGAGUGCCUCAUGGUGUCGCUACUUCCACUCCUCUACACACUACUUAUCAACCUAAGAGAACACCCACAGUGGUUCCCGCGAAUCCUUUCAACCCUAGGGCGGACGCUGAAAUUCUGAGAAAGGCUAUGAAAGGUUUCGGCACGGACGAAAAAGCCAUCAUCAAUGUGUUAGCACGCAGGACAAAUGCUCAACGACUCCAAAUUGCUAUAGAAUUCAAAACUCUGUACGGAAAAGACUUAGUAAAAGAUCUGAAAAGCGAAACUACUGGCAAUUUCGAAAAAUUGCUAGUUGCUAUGAUGACACCGUUGCCUGAGUACUAUGCCAAAGAACUGCACGACGCCAUGGAAGGAAUCGGUACCGAUGAAGACGUCCUGAUAGAAAUCAUGUGUACCAAGUCCAAUGCCGAGAUCAUGACUAUAAGACAGGCAUAUAACUCAUUAUACUACAAGUCGCUGGAAUCGGAUCUUAAAGGAGACACUGGUGGCACUUUCAAACGUCUCAUGGUGUCUCUUUGUAACGCUGGACGAGACGAGAGUAUGGUGACAAAUCCUGAAACAGCCAGGGCCGAUGCUCAAGCGUUGUUGCGAGCCGGAGAGUUGAGAUUGGGAACUGACGAAUCCACUUUCAAUAUGGUUUUGUGUCAGAGAAAUUAUGCUCAGCUGCAGAUGGUAUUCCACGAAUAUGAAAGACUUACAGGUCACGACAUCGAAAAGGCGAUCAAAAACGAAUUUUCUGGGGACGCCGAAGCCGGACUUCUGGCUGUGAUAAGGUCGAUUAAAAACCAGGCUGCGUUUUUCGCCAAAUUGUUAAAUAAAAGUAUGAAAGGUCUGGGCACGAACGAUAGGGAUUUGAUACGGCUUGUGGUGACGAGAUGCGAAAUCGACAUGGUUGAAAUUAAAAGGGAGUAUCAAUCAAAGUACGGCGAAUCUCUGGCGGACGCAAUUAAAGGCGACUGCUCCGGGGAUUAUAAAAAAUGCCUGUUGGCUUUGAUUGGCGAAUCUUAAACGUUUUCCAAUAUAUCUUCCAUACGUCGUCACUUGAUGGUCUUUAAAAUUGCUUGUUAAAAAUUGUAAUUUUUCUGCAAAAUUUAAUUGGAAAGCUCGAUUUUCGGUUAUUAGUAUUUUAUCCUUAUUAGCUACCUAGAAUAAUCAGUUUCAAAUAUGCGAAUAAUUUAUAUUGCUGAAUUUUUUUCCAAUAUAACAGAUCAGGAGAUGAGACCAGAACUCGAAUAAACAAAAAUUAAGCAACGCUUAAAUAUUAGAAUAAACAAAGAAAUAUUUAUAUUUUCAAAAAUAUUUUUCUAAUUAAAAUGAACAAAAACAUAACAAUGAAAAGCGCAAUUGACGAGGAACGAGGUUGUGAAUUUUUUUCAUUGGUAGUUUCAGAGAAAUCUGGUUUUAAUCUUGAAAAUGAAAAUGUUACUAUAAAAAUUAACGACCGAUUUGAAAUCUUGGUUAUCGUGUUCGUGAUUGGAAUUAAUUUCUCCGACUAGCUCGAUAAAAAAAACUCUCUAUUGUGUCAAAUUCUCAAGUGCCCAAAGUCUGCACUUCUGUUCGAAUGUAUUUGUGUUUGUGAUGCCAUGUUUACAGCGUCGUGUUAUUUGUAGUUUAUGUUAGCUUGUUCUAUUUUUAUAUAAAUGUAUACAUCAAUAAAAUUCGUUUCAGUUAA